AUGCGUUAUAUACGUACUAUUUUGGAUGUUAUCUGUUGCCAUGACAAGACUAAUGUCUCGUCAACAUCUUCACAAAUAUCUGUGUCUUGUCCAUUUAUAUUUGAUAUUGCUCGAUUAAAAAAUGAUGAAUUAGUGUAUAAAGAAGAAAAUAUUUCCGAUGAAGCUCGUUUGUAUUUCGAUAAUAAUAGUAAUAAAUUACAGCGUAUUGCGAAUGGUGUUGUUCGAUUUUGUUUAUCAUCAGAUUCAUGUUCUGGUUUUUACAUGAGUAAAAAUUUAAUUUGUGUCAAUAAACAUAACAUUAGUCAAAUUGAACUCUCGUCAUUAUUUACCGACACAAAUGAUAUUUAUGCUACACCGCCAUUAUUAAAGCAGUGUACGACUGUUACGAAUAAUGACUUCGAUUUUGCUUAUGCAAGAAAUAAUCUAAUAUCUCUCAAUAUUGUCGAAACAACAUUAUUUGAUCCAAAUAAAUAUUCUAACAUACAGUCAAGUGGACGUCACCACUUUGACUUAUUUUUACCCCCAUUUGAAGAACUGAAAAAAAUAUUUCAUAGUUUCGGUGGACGUUGUGUAUCUUAUGGACGUGUUAUUGCUCCAUAUAAAUUAAAUGAAAGUUCAGAUGAAUGGAUCGAAGAUCUAGAAUAUCGAAACACUAGUUUUUCGAAUUAUCAAUGGGUCUUAAGUAAUGAAAAUCUCUAUCACGGAUCCAGUGGUGGGGUUACAUUAAGAUCCAAUUUUAAUAUAUAUGAAAAUAUACCAGCUGCAAAUGGUGAACAAUUAACUUUAGUUGAAUUUGUAUCCAUACAUUUCGGUGGUGAAUUUAUACCUUGUCGAGAUUGUUUAUCUAAUGUUAUUCCAUCAAAACGGGCACAAAUUGAUCCAAAUAACAUCAUCAUGCUAUGA